GUGAACCCACAUUCAACAACAAUCCUAUAUAAAUAUGUAACCUGGGAACCCAUAUUUGCAUCAAACACCUUCAAGCUUAUUAAUCUUAAAGCUUAUUCUAUUUUUUCGGUUCUUAAAGCUUUGAUCUUUUAACAAUCAUUUCAAGAAUGGCUAAUGCAGAGGUGGUUCUGUUGGAUUGCUGGCCAAGCCCUUUUGGUAUGAGAAUUAGGAUUGCUUUGGCUGAGAAGGGCAUCAAGUAUGAGUACAAGGAAGAGGAUUUGCAGAACAAGAGUGCUCUGCUUUUGCAGAUGAACCCAGUUCAUAAGAUGAUCCCAGUUCUCAUCCACAAUGGCAAACCAGUUGUUGAGUCUCUUAUUGCUGUUCAAUACAUUGAUGAAGUCUGGAAGGACAAAGUUCCAUUGCUUCCCUCUGAUCCUUACUUGAGAGCUCAAGCUAAAUUCUGGGCUGAUUUUGUUGAUAAGAAGAUACAUGAUCCUGGAAGGAAUAUAUGGGCCAAAAAAGGAGAAGAGCAGGAGGCAGCUAAGAAAGAAUUCAUAGAGUCACUGAAGCUUAUGGAAGGAGAACUUGGAGAGAAGCCAUACUUUGGUGGUGAAAGUUUUGGUUAUGUAGAUGUUGUGCUUGUGCCUUUCUAUAGCUGGUUUUAUACUUAUGAGGUCUCUGGAAAUUUCAGCCUGGAGGCUGAGUGUCCUAAGCUUAUUCAAUGGGCUAAAAGGUGCUUAGAGAAAGAGAGCGUGCUCAAAUCUCUUCCUGACCACAAAAAAGUCUACGGCUUUGUUUUAGAGCUAAAGAAGUGGCUUGGGAUAGAGUAGAGAGUGCAUAGUUUAGAAAGGAGAUUGCUUGGUUUUGAGUUGUUUAUUGUCCUAUCUGGGCCUUGUGUUUUGGCUUUCAAUUUCCAUGUGGUGUGAUGUUUCAUAUGUUUUAAUAAAGGUAAUUGAUUAAUUACUUUGCUUGCAA